CAUCAGAUCUUAGCAGAGAUGCCCCCAUGCAGGUUGGCUGUCGUGUGUGGAGGAGUCCUCGGACCCCCUCUUAGAUCAUCUCCACAUACUCCCCCAGGUCUGAGAUUCAUUACCCAUAGCAGGUUUCCGUCACAGGCAAUGUCAGAUCAGCCAAGGGCCUCUCCAUCCCGAGGGGCUUUCCCUCCUAGGGGAAUGGGCAGAGAACAAAGGGGCUCCUAAUUCAAGGCAGGCCUAAGAGAGGGUCAGAAAGAACUUUAGCUGGAGGUAUUUACAGAUGUGAUCUCUAAUCCUUGAGAAUUCUUGAAAAAUAGGCAAGGUGCCAAAAGAAGAGAAAUGGCCUGGCCCUCCAAAGGAAAAAGCAAACUCAGGGAAUUAAGGACAGUGAACUUGCCCCUAAGCCCUGGUGACGUUCUGCAGCAGCCCGUUGAGGGAUGUGUUUGAGCGCCAGCGCUCCUCAGCGACAGAUACGGCCGCCUCUGCAGUGUCCGAAGGCCCCGGUGUGCUGACCUAGGCCCUCCUGUGGGUGUAGAGACAUCACCACUUUGCACUGUCAGACUCUGCAUGGAGUGAGAGCAGAGACUGACCCGAGCACUUCCCAUCCCAGGCAUUUCAGUUCUUAGUGAGAAGUGAGGCGCACAGGGCAAGAGAGGGGCUUUGGAGCUCUACUCUGGCUCUGGCUCUGCCACUCACUCCCUAAACCGGCAGCCUCAGCACCCUCAUCCGUAAAAUGGAGAGUUUUGCCUGCGGGGUUCAGCACAGUGCCAGCCUGACGUGGGAACCCCCUGGAUGAUCAGUUGCCAUUACUCUCCUGCGUCCUGGAGGUGACCCGUCCUGGUUAACAGGCAACCCCUCCGGGAAGACCCAGCACAGCCACACAGCAGCAGGAGGCUGGCGCACGGCCAAGAAUGCAGGAAGUGGGGCGGGCGGCUGCAGCUCCUCCUCUUCCUGCUUCCUCCCUGCCCCACCCCCUGCCUAGGGCAGUGCAAAGGCCAAUCGCUAGCAAACUCCCUGCCUAGCAAGGCCCAGCCUGGGGCAGAAAUGGCUGCAAGUGGCCGAGGACUCUGCAAGGCUGCGGCCGCCUCUCCCUUCCCUGCUUGGAGACGAGCUCACUCGGAAGCCCGGGGAGGGCUAAAGCCUGAGUAUGAUGCGGUGGUAAUAGGAGCAGGACACAACGGACUGGUGGCUGCAGCAUACCUGCAGAGACUGGGGGUGAACACCGCCAUCUUCGAAACACGCCAUGUGAUCGGCGGUGCAGCUGUCACUGAGGAGAUCAUCCCAGAGUUUAAGUUCUCCCGUGCAUCCUACCUGCUCAGCCUGCUGAGGCCACAGAUUUACACUGACCUGGAGCUGAAGAAACAUGGGCUGAGGCUUCAUCUUCGAAACCCCCACUCCUUCACCCCCAUGCUGGAAGAGGGUGCAGGCGGCAAGGUGCCCAGGUCCCUUCUGCUGGGCACAGACAUGGCAGAAAACCAGAAGCAGAUCGCCCAGUUCUCCCGGAAAGAUGCCCAGGCCUUUCCCAGAUACGAGGAGUUCAUGCACUGCUUGGCAUUAGCCAUUGACCCUCUGCUGGAUGUGGCUCCCGUGGACAUGGCGGCCUUCCAGCGUGGCUCCCUGCUGCAAAGGAUCAGGUCGCUCUCCACCCUCAAGCCCCUGCUGAAGGCAGGCCGCAUCCUGGGAGCCCAGCUUCCCCGGUAUUACGAGGUCCUCACAGCUCCCAUUACCAAGGUGCUGGAUCAGUGGUUUGAGUCCGAGCCUCUAAAAGCCACUCUAGCCACAGAUGCUGUGAUUGGAGCCAUGACAAGUCCCCGCACUCCAGGGAGUGGGUAUGUGCUGCUGCAUCAUGUGAUGGGGGGCCUGGAGGGGACACCGGGGGCCUGGGGCUACGUCCAGGGGGGCAUGGGUGCCCUCUCUGAUGCCAUCGCAAGGUCAGCCACCACACAUGGAGCAAGUAUCUUCACUGAAAAGACAGUGGCGAAGGUGCAGGUGAACAGCGAAGGCUGCGUGCAAGGAGUUGUGCUGGAAGAUGGCACAGAGGUGAGAAGCAAAGCGGUGCUGUCCAGCACAUCACCACAGAUCACCUUCCUGAAGCUGACGCCACAGGAGUGGCUUCCUGAGGAGUUCGUGGAGAGAAUCUCUCAGCUGGACACCCGGUCUCCUGUCACCAAGAUCAACGUGGCCGUAGACAGGCUGCCCAGCUUCCUGGCGGCCCCCAAUGCUCCCGGAGGCCAGCCGCUGCCCCAUCACCAGUGCUCCAUCCACCUGAACUGUGAAGACACCCUCCUCCUGCAUCAGGCCUUUGAAGAUGCCAUGGACGGGCUGCCUUCCCACAGGCCUGUGAUUGAGCUCUGCAUCCCUUCCUCGCUGGACCCCACUCUGGCUCCCGCUGGCUGCCACGUAGUCUCCCUCUUCACUCAGUACACGCCCUACACGCUGGCUGGAGGCAAGGCCUGGGACGAGCAGGAGAGAAACGCUUAUGCAGACAGAGUGUUUGAUUGCAUCGAGGCCUAUGCGCCCGGCUUCAAGGACUCUGUGGUUGGCAGAGACAUCCUCACACCCCCAGAUUUGGAGAGAAUCUUUGGGCUUCCUGGAGGGAACAUAUUCCACUGUGCCAUGACCCUGGACCAGCUCUACUUUGCCCGCCCUGUGCCCCUGCACUCCGGCUACCGCUGCCCUCUCCAGGGCCUGUAUCUCUGUGGAAGUGGGGCUCACCCUGGAGGAGGCGUGAUGGGAGCCGCUGGGCGAAAUGCAGCGCAUGUGGUCUUUGGGGACCUCAAGAGCAUGUGACCCUGAACCAGCUCUCAUGCACAAAGAAGAAAGACUUGACCCCUGAAUUCUAGGUGCCCCAUUGGAUCAGCCUCCCAGGAAGCUCAGCUUCGGGGUUAGUACUGGAGGCCACCAAGUCCUCAAUGCUCAAGCAAUUAUUUUAGAAAAAACAUACAAGUUACAUUUAGUGAAAGGUAACCUUAUGCCCAUGCCUCCGUACAUGGACUGGUUUUGUUUUAUUAAAACUAAUAUUUCAUACAGAU